UGUUAUGGCUGCAGCUGGGCUCCUCCUGGUGUUGCUGUUCUGUGGUGUUCAUUGCUAUCCCUAUCAACAAGCCUACAGAAUGGGCUCAUUCCGCCUGAGGGCGCCUUCUCCACAUGAUCCACCUGAUUAUGACCCAGUGGCUGUUGACCCCAGCCAUAGUGGCCCCUACAGCCUUUCAAAGCUUCCUGGUCCUGUUGAAUCUGGUAGUGAUGUUGGUGUCUCAAGUCCCAGUGUUCAGCGUUCUGCUCCAAAUUCCUAUAAAGCUGCUCAGAAGACUGCUGCUUCCCCUUAUCUCAUUCCUCAGGCUCCUGAACAGACUGGAUGUGUUCCUUCUGGAACAACUGACCCUAGUAUUCUUCCACUACGUCCCUUGUGUGAGCCUCCACCUCGUAAGUUCCAGGCAGGGGAUAUCUCUCACUUUGAGAGUGUCUAUGAACAUGGCAACAGUCAGAGUGAGUCUGAAGACCAACAGUUCCCCCUUCCUGAGGUUGAGGCAGGCUCCAUUCCAGCCCCACUGCCUGCUACAAUAGCCUCACCCCUACCCAGAGUUCUUAGGCCAGAGCCUAGCCAGGAAGGGCUUGAAGCUAAUUAUGGUGAGCUGUUCAUCGCUGGGAAGUUCCCUGCUGGCACCAUCACCCACUUCAGAACCAACUAUGAGCAUGGGAACAACCAAUGGAGAUCAGCUGGUUUCAUCAGGUACUAUCCUGCUCCUGUCACAUACAAACCACUAUUUCCUAAACCCGGUGAUGCCCAGGACCAAGGUAAAGAGGACUCUCGCUCUGCCAAGGGUCAGGUUGGCUCCAGUCCUCCCCAGCAGAUCCAGGGUGGCUACUAUGGUUUAACUGAUGGGGACUUCAUGACACCACGGGUUGUUGGCUCUCCCCAUGUUCUAGCUGGUUCCGGUUCUUCUCAGGAGACCUCCAGCUCCGACCCUCAGAACCUUGAACAAGACCCUUGGGCCCCUGACUUAAUCGAGGCUCUCUGGAAUCAGGAAUCAGAAAUCCCAGUCCACGGACGUAGUUAUGGACCUCACCAUUACUACCGUCAUCGGGGUUACCAAGCCUCUAGCUCUAAGUCUCUACCUGGAUAAUAUUGACCAAGUUCCACGUUGUCAUUUCUGUUUAGUUGAUGUCUUUACCAUAACACUUGUUUGUCUUCCUCAGCAUGUCGCUCUGUACUAAACUGAAUUCCUAUGGUGUUUUCAUAAUGUAAUAAAUAAUUACCUCAA